AGAGCGGCAACAUGGCGGCGGCAGCAGCGGCGGCGGGAGCUGUACGGUCCGUGUGGCGGCUGGCGGGGCUGUCAGCGUUGCCAGGGCGAGGCUCCUUUCUCGUUCCGCAGCACCCGCAGCGGACUUCUCAGCUGCUUUGCAUAGUGACACAGGAGAAAGGCACUGGACCAAACUUGGAAGAAGAUCCAAACCAGAUUCGACAUGAACAAAAAUCUGAUACUGGCUCUGCUGAAAAGAUGUUAAUAGAGGAAAAGGCCAAACUAGAAGAACAAUUAAAAGAAAUUACUGACAAGUAUAAACGUGCCCUGGCAGAUGCAGAAAAUAUGCGACAAAGAACUCAGAAAUUGGUAGAAGAAGCAAAGUUAUAUGGAAUUCAAAGUUUCUGCAAAGAUUUGCUGGAAGUUGCUGAUGUUCUGGAAAAAGCAACAGAGAGUGUUCCCAGAGAAGAACUCAAGGAUGAAAAUCCACAUCUCAAAAACCUUUACGAAGGUCUUCUCAUGACUGAAGUUCAAAUACAGAAAGUGUUCACCAAACAUGGCUUGAUGAAACUGAAUCCUCUUGGAGCCAAGUUUGAUCCCUAUGAGCACGAAGCAUUAUUCCACGUUCCCAUGGAAGGGAAAGAACCUGGCACUGUUGCUUUAGUAUCCAAGGUGGGCUAUAAGUUGCAUGGCCGUACUUUGAGGCCUGCUUUAGUAGGUGUUGCAAAGGAACCAUAGCUGUCUAAUCUUAGAGUGCCACAGAACUAAUAGAUGCCCAGAUAAAGACCCACUAAACAUAAUGUGGGAGGCUAAACUAAAUGGUGGAAGAAGCUUUAAUGCCAAUGAAGCAAUGUUGAAAUGUGUUUUUAAAACGAAUACCAAUAAUGUGGUUGGGAAUGCAAAGUGAGUGGUAUGAAUUGCAAGCGUGAGUCAUCUGUAUCCUGUGAAUAAUAUUAUGGUGAUUAAUGAAAGGUAUUCUGCAUUGUAAUUAGGCAAUUUAGUAACAAGAAUAAUGCCAUGUAGAUUGUUCAGAAUGAAAAUCUUUGAUCUUU